UCAGUUUUUGUAAACGUCACGUCCUCAUCGGUCACUGGCACUAAUAUUAAGUUCUUUCUCACAGAAAGUAGAUUUCCCAUUGAAAAGUAGUAGCGGAACCGGCUCACGUCAUCACGUAGAUUUCUUGUGUUCAUGGUGCAAUAGAAUUAUUAGUCACCGGCGCGUGUAUAAGUUAUUCAUCACAACAACCAAUUCUGUUAGCAUUUACCGCUUGCUUACUCAGUGUCUAAUAAGUUUUUCAUCAACAAAGUCGCAUUAAAAUGAAUCCGUGGCAGCAAGGCCAAGCUGGAAACCCGCAACAACAACAAUACUAUCAUAAUAUCGGAUUCAGCAACGCAGCCCCACAAUCAUUUGGGAACCCAUUACCAAUGCCAGGAUUCCCAACUAUGGGUUACCCAGCACCUCAGCCUGGUGGCGGUCCCGGUUACCCCCAGGUACCACAGGGUUAUCCCCAACAGAGCUCUGGAUAUCCAGGCCAACAAACAAAUCAGGGUUAUCCAAAUUCUGCUCAAGGGUACCCGUCUCAGGGUUACCCACAAGCUGCUCAAACAGGGUACCCACAAGCUCAACAAGGGUACCCUCCUGCUCAAAGUGCUUACCCAGGGCAGGGCGGGCAUGCCCAGCCAGGUUACCCGCAAGCUACCCAAGGUUACCCUCAAAGUAACCAGGGGCAAUAUCAGGGGCAUCAACAGUAUCAGUCACCUGCACAUAGCCAUCAAGCUUACAGUGUGUCAUCUGUGCCUCAAUAUGAAAAGACGAAGCCCACAGUGGUGCCGGUCAGCAAUUUCGACCCUCGGGAAGAUGCGGCAGUCCUUCGUAAGGCUAUGAAAGGCUUCGGCACAGACGAGAAAGCCAUCAUCCAAUGCCUAACGAGACGCACCAAUGAACAGCGUCUGCGCAUUGCCUUUGAGUUCAAAACCCUGUAUGGAAAGGAUCUCAUAGCAGACUUAAAGAGUGAAACCAGCGGCAAGUUCGAGGAUCUCCUGGUGGCCCUCAUGACUCCUCUGCCCCAGUUCUACUCGAAGGAGCUGCACGAUGCCAUCGCGGGCAUCGGCACGGAUGAGGAUGUCCUCAUUGAGGUCAUGUGCACUAUGUCCAACCACGAGAUCAAUGUCAUCAAGCAAGCUUACACUGCCAUGUACGGAACCCUCCUUGAAGAUGAUCUGCGUGGUGACACAUCUGGGAACUUCAAGAGGCUGAUGACAUCACUGUCUAUGGGUAACAGAUCUGAGGACUUCCACGUUGACGUCGACAAGGCUAGGGAAGACGCCAGGAGUUUGCUUCAAGCUGGUGAACUGCGUCUCGGUACGGACGAGUCUGUGUUCAACGCCGUGCUCUGCUCGCGCUCGUUCCCGCAGCUGAAGGCCAUCUUCCAAGAGUAUCAGUUCCUCACUGGACAUGAUAUUGAUGACGCCAUCAAGGCUGAGUUCUCCGGUGACCUUGAGAAGGCUCUGAGGGCUAUUGUGAAAAUCGUUCGCAACAAGCCCCUAUUCUUCGCGGAACGUCUCCACAAGUCGAUGAAGGGUCUCGGCACCAACGACCGCCAGCUCAUCCGCGUCAUGGUCACGCGGAGCGAGAUCGAUCUCGGCGAUAUAUCCGACAUGUUCCAGUCCAAGUACGGGGAGACGCUGCAGAGCUGGAUCGAGGGUGACUGCUCCGGCCACUACAAGAAGUGUUUGUUGGGUCUCCUGGGCCUGUACUAAAUAACCAACACCAGCCCUCGGCUUAUAAA